AUGCAAAUUGAUGUUAAUGAUAUAUCUAUUUACGAUGACUUUAAUAAUGUUAACCUUCUUAAUGUUAAUGAUGAUGCUGAUAAUUUUUCUAUUUAUAAUAAGCCAGUAAAGAAUAAUGAAGCUACUGUAUUAUGUUAUUAA